AUGAUUCAUGGACUCCUGGAUCAGAUUCAGGCUUGUGUGUCUGAUGACGACGAUGAGCAGCCGGAUGUCAGCUUUGUACUCUCAGGCAUGAAGGAUGUGACCUGUCAAACAUUGGUGGUUUGCGGCCCUGGUCCUGCCAGCGCUUUUGCUCUGCAGGCGUUCAACAUGGUGCCCCUGCCUCUGAGCUUAGAAUCCAAGGAGGACUCCCCUCUUCGGCCACUGCCUCCUCCGCGGGCGCCAAGAUUCUUCAAGGCAUCCGAUGGGGCUGUGGUUGCUGUUCUGGAAACACACGUGUCGGGAGAAUACGCAGCAGCUUGGGCAGAAGCGCUGCUCUCCGCUCUCGGUGGAAAGCCGCAGGUCGUGUACUUGGACCGCAUCCUGCGAGCGGAGUGGUGUAGCUUCGACCGUUGCAGACCAGAGGAGCCAUACCUUGCCGGGCUAUGGACGAGCGCCUUCAGUGGAAGUGAGAAAGCCGUUCCUGUUUUGCCGGCACCCAACUUUGUGGAGGGCUUGGCUGCUGCGCUUUUGAGCAAUUGCGAAGCCCGAUCCUGGCCCUGCCUAGUGGCCCUCGCCCUGCAGGACGGUGCCCACAUGUCAGAAGGCUGCCUGCAUGCUUUCGAGGCUUUGGUGCCUAUGCUCCUGGAGCUCCAGGUCAUCAGCUCCUGGCAAAGACCGAAGUAUCGCGAAGCGUUGCAGAAGGUGCCGGGGUUUGUCGGCAAUGUUUCGCCCUCCCCUAGAAGCGCCAGCCUGCCCAGAAACAUGGCUGAGGAAGUGAAGCAAUAUUUGCACCGGUACAACACCUCCGGCAAGAGGCAGCGAGACUUGACGGAGGAGCAGAAACAGGAGCUCAAGGAGGUCUUUGAUCUGUAUGAUACAGAUGGCUCAGCUGCCAUCGACAACAGCGAACUCAAGGGGCUGAUGCAAGUCCUGGGCUUCUCCUCCACUACCAGGGAGGAGCUGGUGGCCAUGAUGAUGUCCGUCGACAAGGAUGGGUCUGGCGAAAUUGAGCUGGACGAGUUCUUGCAGAUGAUGGCUCCGAAAGUGUUGGGCCGUGAACCCACGUCGGUCAUCAGAAAGGCGUUCCCUCUCUUCGUGGCAGAAGGGAGUGAGACCAUCACCUGGCACAGCCUGCGGGCGCUGGCGGAUGAUCUUGGCCUGGCCUUUAGCGACCACGACAUCCAGGAGAUGCUGGAAGAUGCUGAUGACAACGGCGAUGGCCAUCUGGACGAAGACGAGUUUGUCCUGGCAGUUCGAAGAGCCAAGUUCUUCUGA